UGCGUGAUGUCACAGGGGGGCGGGGCUUCACGCUGCCUCUUAAGCUCAGAGCACCGUCUCUGGUGCUGUUGACGGGGAGCAUCUCAGUCCUGCGUCAUCGAGGAGGCAUCCGCCACGGAGAAGAACAACAAAGAUGUUCGGCAACUGCGACCAAUCAAAAGGGUCUGUGCACCCCUCUGGCUACGACCUGGGCCCCAGAGACCAGGACCGCCACGGAGACGAUGAUAAAGACCGCCGUGGGGGGGGGCGCCGUGACGACCGCCAAGGAGAUGAUGAUAAAGACCGCCGUGGGGGGGGGCGCCGUGACGACUGCCAAGGAGAUGAUGAUAAAGACCGCCGUGGGGGGGGGCGCCGUGACGACUGCCAAGGAGAUGAUGAUAAAGACCGCCGUGGAGGGGGGCGCCGUGACGACUGCCAAGGAGAUGAUGGUAAAGACCGCCGUGGGGGGGGUCGCCGUGACGACUGCCAAGGAGAUGAUGGUAAAGACCGCCGUGGGGGGGGGCGCCGUGACGACUGCCAAGGAGAUGAUGAUAAAGACCGCCAUGGGGGGAGACGCCGUGACGACUGCCAAGGAGAUGAUGGUAAAGACCGCCGUGGGGGGGGUCGCCGUGACGACUGCCAAGGAGAUGAUGGUAAAGACCGCCGUGGGGGGGGUCGCCGUGACGACCGCCAUGGAGAUGAUGAUAAAGACCGCCAUGGAGGAGGUGGCCGUGACGACUGCCAUGGAGAUGGCGGUAGAGGCCGUAAUAAAAGCCCUCGUCGUCGUGACCACAGCGGCGGCAGCGGCAGCUGCAGCGGCAGCAGUCGCGACAGCCACAGCAGCAGCGACGGGGAAGGCGGCCGUCGUAGAAGACAUCGCAGGCACGGGAGAGGUCACGGGAAAGGUCACGGGAAAGGCCACGGUGGGCAGGACUGCCAUGGAGAUGGCGGCCAUGGGGGAGGUCGCCACAGAGGUGAUCGCGAGGGCCGUAAUAAAAGCCCUCGUCGCCGUGACCACAGCGGCGGUAGCGGCAGCUGCAGCGGCAGCAGCCGCGACAGCCACAGCAGCAGCGACGGGGAAGGCGGCCGUCGUAGAACACAUCGCAGGCACGGGAGAGGUCACGGGAAAGGUCACGGGAAAGGCCACGGGAAAGGUCACGGCCACGGCCACGGUGGGCACUGCUGAACACAGGCAGCAGACCGACGGCGCCCAGCGGAGCGCAGCCGGCCGCCGGGGAAAGAAAACGGCCAACGAUGUUUUUCUCUCAUGGAAUAAAAGCUUCUGACAAACA